AUGGACGGGUCAUUGGAAAUUUUGAUGAAUUCAUUGAUUUCUGAGUACAAGCAAGUAUUAUUAACUCCCGUACUAUUAUUGAACAGGAUAUUCUUGCUGGAUUAAAUAAAAAUUCAAUAAAUUUUUUUUCGAAUAUUAAAAUAAGAAAAAUUUAUAUUAAUUUAAUAUUGAUGGCUUGGUAAUAAAAGAGAGUCAAUCCUUCAGGUUUCUUAAUUGCUCGAUAACCAAGAGGAGUAAGAGGAUUUUUCUUCAAUUUCAUCAAUGAAUCUUACGAAGAGGUGCUAUUCAAAGAACAGCCAAGGAUUCACCAAACCCAACAAAUCCAAAAUUCAAACCCUCAAAGUGCAGAUCCCAAGUUAGACAGCAGACUAGAGCAAGCAUUAGAAAUGUCUCGAAAAGUAGUUUCAGGCGGCAGAGGCAAAAAAACUCCUGCUCCAGUUGUAAAAAAGGCUCCUCCUGUGAAAAAACAAGAAAUUCCUCAAACCCCAAUUAUUCUGCCACAUUUCCAGUCUAAUUUUAGGUUGAACAUCCAAGAAGAUUUAAUGGGACUAUACCAAGAAACCAAAUCAAGAACGAUAGGUGUCGUUUUUGGCUCUAAAGGAGGAAUUGUCCAAGCAAAAAAAGCUGAACUCGCUGCCAAAAAAAGUUUCUUAACAAAUUUAAAAAGUAAAUUUCCAGGAGCCCUACAGCAAUCCAGCCUUGAGCAGUCCAUAGCUGAAACUGCGGCCUCAUAUCAGCUUUUAUCAGAAAUUCGGCGGAUCCUUUUAGACAAGCAGCUAAUUGAAUUAUUUAAAAGCUUUAUCUUGCUUCCAAUCGGAAGAUUUAAAAUGCCAGAAGACCCAAUUCAGCUUUUCAAAGCUUUUUACAUUUUUUCCUGAAUCCCUUCCCAGCUAAGUAAAAUAAACAGAAACCAAUUGAACUACACCAGCCACCUAUCUAAGACUUUUCAGCAGGAAUCAGCUCGUUCUCUAUCAAAUGACCAAAUUUCUCGCUUAGAAAGCUUCAAAAGUGAAAAAGGGAUCCUAAAUAAGCUUAUGAAGGCUUGCACAACUGACGAAAUGAAUGAAAUUAUUUCUCAAUACAGAUCCCUAAACUUUGUAUUGCUAGAUAAAGAAACCAACAAAUUCUUAUUCGAUUAUAAAGACACUGUAAAAAACGUCCACGAGCUCAAAGUUAUGCAUUCUCUGGUAGCCAAAAACGGAAGGGCCACUUGUACAUUGGCUCCGAGUGACUAA